AUGGCAUACAGGGAUGAUAAGGUGUUUUUUGCUUCACUUGUAACGAAGCGACUUUUGGAUGCACCUAAGGAUGGGGGCUGGUUGCUAGGAGAACCAAGCAGUGAAGAAAUUACUCAAAUAAUCCUGUAUUUUAUCCCUGAAAGGAUUAGCAAGUUGGGAUCUGGUAAUGAUUUUGAGGUGUUCUUCCAAAGACUUGGGAUUGCCUCAGGCAGAGCACGAUAUACGAAAAAUUGGGCAAUACACAAUUUCAGCAGCUAUCCACUGUAUCACAGUGUCUAUGAAACAUAUGAAUUGGUGGAAAAGUUUUAUGAUGCAACUUUUAAGUAUCACCUCUCUGUGGCCCAGGUUCGAGGAGGGAUGGUAUUUGAACUAGCCAAUUCCAUAGUGCUCCCUUUUGACUGUCGAGAUUAUACUGUAGUUUUAAGAAAGUAUGCUGACAAAAUCUAUACUAUUUCACUGCAACAUCCACAAGAAAUGAAAACAUACAGUGUGUCAUUUGAUUCACUUUUUUCUGCAGUGAAGAAUUUUACAGAAAUUGCUUCUAAGUUCAGUGAGAGACUCCAAGACUCGGACAAAAACAACCCCAUAUUACUGAGAAUUAUGAAUGAUCGACUGAUGUUUCUGGAACGAGCAUUUAUUGAUCCUUUAGGAUUACCUGACAGACUUUUCUAUAGGCAUGUCAUCUAUGCUCCAAGCAGCCACAACAAGUAUGCAGGGGAGUCGUUCCCAGGGAUCUAUGAUGCUCUGUUUGAUAUUGAAAGCAAAGUGGAUCCUUCUAAGGCGUGGGGAGAAGUGAAGAGACAGAUUUCUAUUGCAGCCUUCACAGUGCAGGCUGCAGCAGGGACUCUGAAAGAAGUAGCCUAA